GUGGAAGUGCCGGGACCGGGUGGUAGCUGCGGGGGUCUGGUAACUUGCAGAAAUUCAUAAAACGGCUACAGAAGAAUCUCAAUUCAGGUGAAUGGUACUGGAGGAUUGUGCAGACUGAAUACAAUUCUAGUCUUAGAUAAACAGACGUCGGCUCCUGGAAGUGUUUAACGAUGUUGGAGUCCUAUGUGACUCCGAUUUUGAUGAGCUAUGUGGAUCGAUACAUCAAGAAUCUGAAGCCCUCGGACUUGCAGCUGUCGCUCUGGGGCGGAGAUGUUGUGCUUAGUAAACUGGAAUUAAAACUGGAUGUUCUUGAACAGGAACUAAAGCUACCAUUCACAUUUCUCAGUGGUCACAUACACGAGUUACGGAUUCAUGUACCAUGGACCAAACUCGGGUCAGAGUCUGUUGUGAUAACCAUCAACACUAUGGAGUGCAUCCUGAAAUUAAAAGAUGGAGUACAGGAUGAUCACGAGAGCUGUGGUUCAAGUUCGACCAGUCGAAGCAACACAGAUAGUACCAAAUUCCCAGUUAAACCAAGGAAGAUCCAACAAACGGCCCCCACCGACCCUGACUUACCACCUGGUUAUGUCCAGAGUUUAAUCCGUCGUGUUGUGAACAAUGUGAAUAUCGUGGUGAAUAACCUAAUCUUGAAGUACGUUGAGGACGAUAUUGUCCUGUCGGUCAACAUCACGUGCGCAGAGUGUUGCACAGUGGACGAGUUCUGGGACCGGGCUUUUAUGGACAUCUCUGCCACUGAUCUCGUCCUUAGAAAAGUUAUAAAUUUUUCGGACUGCACUGUUUGUCUCGACAAGAGAAAUGCCAGCGGGAAAAUAGAAUUUUAUCAGGAUCCACUUCUGUACAAAUGUUCAUUCCGAACCCGUCUGCAUUUUACAUAUGACAGUCUUAACUCCAAAAUGCCUGCAGUGAUUAAGAUUCAUACGAUGGUUGAGAGUCUGAAACUCUCCCUCACCGAUCAGCAACUUCCGAUGUUUAUCCGCAUCUUACAGUUGGGGAUUGCUCUCUACUAUGGUGAAAUAGGAAACUCAAAGGAAGAAAUCGAGGAUCCUCCCGGCCAUACUAAGGAUACUGUGGUCCACAUGCCUGGAUCUGAAGAGGAGCUUGCAGGUGUGCAGUAUCCAACACAGGACAUGUACCCUCUGCAAGAUGACGACCAGCAGGGAUGGGUGUCAUGGGCUUGGUCUUUUGUUCCAGCCAUUGUAAGUUCCGGUAAUGACAUUGAAGGAGAAGAAGGCUACAUAGGAUCCGAAGAUGGAAGUGUAACACAGGGUCAUCAUUCUCAGCGCUCCAAAGAUCCAAUCAUCUCUAUGGGUUUCUACUGCACCAAGGCCACAGUUACUUUCAAGCUUACUGAAAUGCAAGCCGAGAGCAGCUAUUACAGCCCCCAGAAGGUGAAAUCCAGAGAAGUUAUACGCUGGGAGCAAGAAGGCACCACGAUUGAGGUUCUUAUGAAGGGAGAGCCUUUCUUUGAUUGCCAAGUUGGCUUUGUAGGGAGUCAAGCUCUGUGUCUGAAAGGAAUUAUGGGAGUCAAAGACUUUGAGGAGAAUACAAACAGGGCCGAUUCUGAGGCCCGUUUCUUUAUGUGUGGAGAGAGUUUAAGUAAUAAAGGAAAUGCUUUUCUUACAAAUUCACUGUUUGACUACAGAAGUCCGGAAAAUAAUGGAAUACGAGCAGAAUUUAUUUUGGACUCUUGUUCUCAUAAGGAGACAUACACAGAGAUAGUGGGAAUGCAGAGGUUCGGGGCACUCUACAUGGAUUACCUGUACACAAUGGAGUGUACUAGCGGCAAAGGUUCUUUAAACCAGCAAGAGUUUCCAGCUGCCAAAGCAGAUGAGAACGGCAACGUCCAGGAGAUGUCCAUCAAGCGGUUAGUGGUCGGACCCAUUGACCUCCGACUGGACAGCAGCUCUGUGCAUAGGAUCAUGAAAAUGGUGGCCUGUUCUUUUGAUCAUGAAUAUGAGGCGUACUGCAGCUCCCACCCUGUUCUGCAGGAGGAGUGUAAGACUUUGCCCACCACUGAGGAAGUUGCAACUUUGGAGGAAUACAUACCUACACGACUGACUUGUGUCACGUUACUUAAGUGCUCAAUUACACUGACGAUGGCAGAAUUCAAUCUUCUUGGGCACCUAUUGCCUGUCAUAAUGGGACAAAAGCAUUCCACCAGCAAUUUAAACGCAUCCAGUUUUCAGCCCAUACGACCUCUUCCUGCAGUCAAAAUACUUGCUGACAAAAUCAACUUUGAGCAUACGGUGCCAAUGUAUGCAGAGCAACUGGUCCAGACGGUGAGCAGUCUCAGCCAGCCCUCAGACAACCUGCUCCAUCAUUGCUAUGCUCACUGUUACUUGAAGGUGUUCGGGUUCCAAGCUGGGCUCACUUACCUGGACAACAAAGGAAUCUACUGCCCCUCUGUCCCAAUGAUACCUGCCUUUAGCACGGCUUUGUAUGGGAAACUGCUUAGGCUCCCUCAGUACUGGACAAAACGCACUCACGUUCCCUUGAAUGAAUACAUUUUUGAGCUGCCUAACCUGACCAUUCAAGCUACCAGAGCUCAAACCCUUCUUCUGCAAGUUAUUUGUCAAAGUUGGUCUUAUGGCAGCAGCACUUCUGGCUCUUCUGGUCUGAGUGAAGCUUUGCUGACCGAGGUCUUCUCAGGUGUGAAAUCCAAGAAUGCGCUGCCAACUCUGGAGGGUUCUAUCCAGAAUGUUGAACUGAAAUUCUGCAGCACAUCAUUGGUCAAAUGUGUCUCCGGGACCCUGGGAUCAAUAAAAAUUUGUGCCAAAGCCCCAGGUGAUAAUGGGAAAGAGAAGUUAAUUCCAUUGGUGCAAGGUCCUUCUGACACAAAAGACCUGCACAGGAGUAAGUGGUUGAAGGAGAGCAGGAAGCCUGAAUCCUUGCUUGGUCCAGAUUUGAUCGCCUUUACAAUCCAGGUUCCCGAGCAGGUGGACUACUGCAACAGCUCUGGUGCCAUCCUGUUGGCAAGUAUACAAGGUUUAGCACUGAAUUUCGACCCAGUGUUGUACACAUGGCUUCUUUACCAGCCUCAGAAAAAAAGUGACCGACAGCCUCAACAGCCGCUGGGAUCCGCUCCUCUUGCCAUGCCACUGUCGAGGAAGAAGGAGGAUGAGGUGUCAGUUGGCAGCACGCCCUUGGCAAAGCAGGCAUCGAAUCAGCCGUCUGAGUAUGCCAGCAGUCCUGUCAAAACAAAAACCGUAACAGAAUCACGUCCGUUAUCAGUUCCUGCAAGGAUGUUGCAGACCUCUAGAGAUGCCAGCAAGACCCCGGAGGAGAGAAUGAAGGAGAUAAUCAGAGUAGUUUGGAAUGCAGUCAAGCGUCUUACUCUUCAGGUGGAGAUCCAGGCGUGCUGUGUUUUUUUCCCGAAUGACAGUCUGCCGUCUCCAAGUACCAUUGUGUCAAACGACAUCCCGGGAACGGUGAGAAGUUGGUACCAUGGUCAGGCUUCCAUGCCGGGAACUCUCGUCAUCUGCUUGCCCCAUAUUAAAAUAAUGAGCACCGGCCAUAAGCAUAUCGAACCCAUUCAAGAGAUUCCCUUUGUUGUGCCAAGACCUAUUGUGGAAGAAGGAGUUGCUUUUCCUUGGACCAUCAACCUCCAUAACUUUAGUGUGUAUACUCUUGUGGAGCAUCAAGUAAUACUCAACUUAGUAGAACCAAUGGGCUGUACGUCUACCCUGGCCGUCACUUCUCACACGCUGCCGUCAGCUGGUCCUGAAGCUGGCCACUCGUUUGUUGUCUGUCUGCAUGUUGACUUAGAACCUCUGGAAAUAAAAUGCUCAAAUUCCCAGGUCCAGUUAUUAUAUCAGCUGGCUGACACCAUGAGCAAAGUGUGGCAGAAGAUUCAGAAGAGAGGAGUUCUGUAUCAGUCAUCAGUCUACUUUGACUCCUCGGCUGCUCCGAGUCCCAGCUCACCAAUCAGAAGCAGUGUUGGCACGGCACCUCAGGAUACCAGCACAUGCAGCCCAUCUGCUGAUAUUGGGACCACUACUGAGGGUGAUUCCAUACAUGCUGCAGAAUCCCCAUUCUCGGACUCUGUUACCCUAGAGCAAACAACAAGUAACAUCGGGGUGUCAAGUGGGCGAGUCAGCCUAUGGAUGCAGUGGAUGUUACCUAAAAUUACCAUAAAGCUGUUUGCGGCUGACCCUGCGUGUAAAGGCACAACAGAGGUCUGUGUUGUCAGCGAGCUGGAAGACCUCAAUGCCUCUGUGGAUGUCCAGGAUGUGUACACGAAAGUCAAGUGCAAGAUUGAAAGCUUCAACAUUGACCAUUACAGGAGCAGCCUCGUUGAAAACUGUUGGUGUCUGGGGCAGUAUGGCGGGGUGUUCCUUUCAUGUACCGACAAGCUGAACAGACGCACCACAUUGGUUCGACCAGUCAGCAAGCAGGACCCUUUCAGUAACUUUUCUGGCUUCUUCCCUUCUACUACAGCAAAGCUUCUAGAGAGCUCACACCAGCAGCAUGGAUUUCUUUCCCUAACUUACACCAAAGCUGUGACCAGGAAUGUCCGCCACAAGUUGACCACUAGAAGUGAAAGGACUUCUCGGAGCUUUCAGAAGCUCUCUGAAGGUUCAACAGACGGUUCCCCUCACUUCCUUCAUGAAAUCUUAAUUUCAGCACAAGCUUUUGACAUUGUCCUCUUCUUCCCUUUGCUUCACGCAAUUUCAACAAUUUUUGAUGUUAGGAGACCACAAAGCAAAAAAGAGAAACACAAAUCUCCUGGACAACCCAUGAGAUCACACACGUUGACCUCACGCAAUCUACCACUUAUUUACAUCAACACCAGCGUCAUCAGGGUCUUUGUUCCUAAAGCUGAAGAAAAGCAGCAGCACAUAGGAGCAAACCAGAAUAUAAGUGAAGAUACGCUGGUGCUAAAGAUCGCCUCUGUGUCCAUGGCUCCGCAGGCAGACAACCCUCUUAGCCGAAGUGUCUUGAGGAAAGAUAUUUAUCAGCGUGCCUUGAAUCUAGGCAUCCUUCGAGAUCCUGGGUCAGAAGUGGAAGACAGGCAAUAUCAAAUUGAUCUGCAGUCGAUUAACAUUGGUACUGCCCAGUGGGAGCAGCUGAAACCGGAGAAGGAGAGUAGCCAUGGGGGACCUCUAGUUGAAGCAGACAGAGGAUCUCAGAAUCCAGCAUUGGAAUGGAACAUGGCUAGCAGUAUCAGAAGACAUCAAGAACGGCGAGCAAUACUGAGCCCAAUUCUAACAGACUUCACAGUGCGAGUUACGGCUGCGCCAGCAAUCAUCUUCAGUAAAGUGUCCCAUGACAAUCUGCAUACUGAGGAUAUUUUAGUGUGUGGCCAUUCCUUGGAAGUGAACAUGACCACAAGCUUGGACUUCUUCCUAAGUGUGGCUCAAGUACAACUCCUGCAACAGCUGCUCAAAGCGAACAUGGUCGGAUUUGAACAAACAAACAUGGACGCCGAGGUUUCUAAACAAGAUCAACAGAAAAAAGAUUGCCCUGAUGGUCGUCCAGUGGACUCAUCCUCUCGUUAUAGUGGAGCCCAAGACAGUGGCAUUGGCAGUGAUAGUGUGAAAAUAAGAAUAGUUCAGAUUGAACCACAAAGAGGCACAAGUCAUCACAGAAUAGUGAGACCAUCCAAGCAGUCAUCGAUUGUGAAGAAUCUGAAUUUCAUCCCAUUCGAUAUAUUUAUCACUGCCAGCCGGAUAUCCUUGAUGUCCUACUCAUGCACCGCUGUGCCUAAAUCUAAAAUGGAUAAUGGAGAUAGUGAGAAAGUGAGCAGAAGCGGCUUGAACCAGUCCACUGCAGAAUCUGAGGAAACACCAGACAGACCUGGGCCAUCAUGUAUAUCGUCACUCACUGCUGAGGACCUUCUCAAUAGCAACUCUUCUUCCCCAGCAAAUGGAAAAAACAGUCUGCUGUCUCUAGAACGCCUGCAUGCUUCUACCAGGUCUUCUGCUCGGCAAGCUCUAGGCAUCACAAUUGUGCGCCAGCCUGGAAGAAGAGGAACUGGAGAUUUACAGCUGAAUCCAUUUUUACAUCUUAUUGUUUCCCAACCUUCUUUGCUCGUAAGCUGCCAUCACAGGAAACAGAAGGUGGAAAUAUCUCUCUUCGAUGCGCUCCUCAAGGGUGUAGAUCCAGAAUACAAAUGUUCAGAUGCUGGAAAAACUUUGCCAGAAAGUUUGGAUUACUCCAAGAUUUGGCUACAGACAGCGGCUGGAGAGCUGAAUGUUAGAACAGGGAUUCCUCCGCCAUUUGUCACAUUACAAAUAAAGGAUUUCCUUAAUGGGCCAGUUGACAUCAACAUCGAUAUAUCAAGGUCACUGAAAGUCAACUUCAGCUUUGUCAAAUUAGAUCAGCUAAAUGUUUUCUUAGAAAAAAUCAUGAAAACCGGACCUGGGCAUUUACUAGAGAGAGCAGCCACAACAGAAGAAAUGCCACAAAUAGAUGAAACUGUGAAAUCUGCAUUUAGUGAUCGGAAGGAUCCCAGUACAAUGGCGCAUGAUUCUUCAAAAUCCCAUUUACCCCAAGAAGGAACGUGGAGGUCAAUGUCCUUUUUGAACAGGAUCACAUUCCGGACUACUCAAGUGUUUCUAUCAUUAGAGACUGUGCCACAUCCAAAAAUUCCCUGCGUUUUGACAAACUUUUCUGACAUUCAGGGAUAUCUUAGUAUUCAAGCAGGAAACAAAGCAUUAGAUACCAUUUCUGGAGCGGUGUUUACUUUGAAUUUAAAUGACUUUGUCCUAAAAACGAGUCUGAAUGAAAGAAGCAGGAAUUUGAUUGGACCAGUUUCGGGUUGUAUUAAUCUUGAAGCCAAUUGGUGCAAGCAUAGUGGAGACCAAGGCCCCCAACCCACCAUUCCCAAAGUCCUUCUUGAUGUGAGGUGUGGGCUGCUGCAGGUUUUCUGGGGUCAGGAGAACCUGAAUUGCUUAACUCUUUUGAAUGAACUUGUCCAGGAUUACCUGAAGAGAGAGUCCGGGUUGGGCACCACGAGCAGUGAACAGCCUCUUCUUCCAUUCUCCCCUGUGAUCAGUAGACCUUCAACCUCUAAGACAGAGCACAGCUCUGAUGAUUUGAGAACUGGACUUUUUCAAUACAUUCAGGAUGCUGAUGGUCAGAAGAUGCCUAAUGCUUUUGAAGUGGUAUUUUACAAUGAGACAGAAGACAAUCCUGGGAUGAUGCUUUGGAAAUAUCCAGAGCCAAGAGUCUUGACAUUAGUGCGAAUUACCCCUGUGCCUUUCAACACAACUGAAGAUCCUGAUAUUAGUACUGCUGACUUGGGAGACGUAUUGCAGAUCCCUUGUAGCCUUGAGUACUGGGAUGAACUCCAACGGUCAUUUGUUGCCUUUCGAGAGUUCAGUCUAUCGGAGAGCAAACCAUGCGAGCUUCAGCUGCCAAGCAUUACCACGGUCAGCGACCAGAAGGAGCUCGUGUCUUCACAUCUUUGGAGAAUUGUUUUGAAUGGCAAUACGAACUCUAUGGAUGACCAGAGCUCCGAAAGUGAAUCUGGCUCUCAAAGUGUGUGCGACCAGCUCGUGACUCCUACAGCACUGGCAGCUUGUACGAGGGUGGAUUCCUGUUUUACUCCCUGGUUGGUUCCUUCUUUUGGAGUUUCCGUUCACUUUGCUCAUCUAGAACUGCACCUGUGUCAUCAUCUGGAUCAAUUAGGCGCAGCACCCCCAAAAUUCCUACGUCCAUUUGUCUCUGAUACCACAACUCCUGGAGACCUGGAAUACAUGCUCGUCAAACUUAAGGAGCCCCACGUGUAUAUGCGUCAGUGGAGUGGCCCGUCCGUGUGCAAAGAUAUACGAUUCUCUACUGAUGCAGAUUGCCAACUUCUGGAGUGCCGUAACCUCACCAUGAAGAAUUUAGUCAAACAGUUCCACAUCCAGGGGCAGACGGCCAUUUCCCUCAGCGCCCUGGAAAAACUGAUUGAUUGUAGUGUCCUGGUGGAUCCAGUAUUUGUGAAUGUGGGCCAGCACUCUGUCCAUUCCAUUAACACAGCAAUCCAGGCUUGGCAGCAGAACCUGCACCCCGAGGCCGCGGAGCUGAUCUACAGUCAUUUUGUCGUCUGUAAUGACACACAGGAGACGCUGCGGUUUGGCCAGUUGGACACUGACGAGAAUAUACUGCUGGCCAGCCUCCAUAGCCACCAGUACUGCUGGCGGUCACACAAGUCCCCACAGCUGCUGCACAUCUGUAUUGAAGGCUGGGGGAACUGGCGCUGGUCUGAACCUUUCAACGUGGACAAUGCUGGGACCUUCAUCCGAACCAUACAGUACAAGGGGCGGACUUCAACGCUAAUCAUCAAAGUGCGGCAACUAAACGGGGUGCAAAAACAAGUAACCAUCUGUGGAAGGCAAAUCAUCUGUAGCUAUCUGCCAGAAAGCAUUGAUCUCAAGGUUGUACAGCACUAUAUGGGACACGAUGGCGGUGCUGUGGUGCGAGAACAUGUAGACUGCCUGGAAGCCAAGCAAACGCGGCCGUCUUACAUCCUGGAAGACAGUGAGCUUACAGAGCUUUGUGUAAGGGCGACAGGAGACAAGGAAUGGUCCCAAGAUGUCUCCCUGACUUCUGAUACCACAGAAAAUAGCUUUAUCAUUCAGGUGCCAUCUUCAAAGGGACCCAUCAUCUACGUGUGGUGCACGCUUCUAACUUUAGAGCCCAGUUCUCUGGCGCAGCAGCGAAUGAUUGUCUUCAGCCCUCUCUUUAUCAUGCGGAGCCAUCUUCCAGAUCCCAUUAUUAUACAUUUAGAGAAAAGAAGCCUUGGUUUAAGGGAAACGCAAAUAAUUCCUGGAAAGGGACUGGAGAAGCCACUACAGAACAUGGAGCCUGACAUAACCCAUCACUUGACAUUCCAAGCCAGGGAAGAAGAUGACCCAUCAGAAUGUGCUGUUCCCAUCUCAACAGCUCUGAUCAAACAAAUAGCCAUGAAAGCACAAAGCGAAUUCUGUGCCGGUCAAAUAAUUUCCGACUUUUAUGGAGAGGAUUGUUCUUCUCAGCCUGUGUGGCCAUAUAAUAAAAAAGAUACAGACAGCGGGGAACAUUUGACUCAGUGGGAUAGUCCUAUGCGGGUCAAGCUGUCUCCCUGGAGGCCUCACCUGAAGACCCUGCUGAUUGAGCUGCUCCCAUGGGCUAUCCUUAUCAACCAAUCCCGAUGGGACCUUUGGCUAUUCGAGGGCGAGGACAUCGUUCUUCAAAUUCCGGCUGGAAAGACCAUCGUCCCUCCAAACUUCAAGGAGGCUUUUCAAAUUGGGAUCUACUGGGCCAACACAAACACUGUGCACAAGUCUGUUGCCGUACGGUUGGUUCAUGACGUGACCUCCCCAAAAUGGAAGGAUGGAGACAACGGUGAGGUGGUAUCUUUGGAUGAAGAUGGAUUUGUUGACGCAAGCAUCAAGCUUGGAGCCUUUCCUGGUCAUCAAAAGCUUUGCCAGUUUAGCAUUUCAUCAAUGGUUCGCAAUGGUAUCCAAAUCCUACAGAUUGAAGACAAGACGACUCUUAUCAACAAUACCUCCUAUAGGAUUUAUUACAGCCCACAGAUGUCAGUACCACGACAGCUUCCUGAUGAAGAGUAUGUUCCAGUACCAGACAGCACUGUGUUCAGCAUCGGCCCAGUUGGGGAACAUCCCGUGGCCAAGUACAAUACAAUUCCUUGCUGGGAUCUUGUGUCAGACAACAGUCACUUAACAGGAGAACCUCCUCCUCUCCAGAAAUACAUUCUGCUCAGCCUGUGCCACAAUGCAGCAGCCGGAAGUCCUGAGUGCUGGAGCCUGCCGGCCAUCAACCGCCUGGAGUAUCCGAGGCAGAGUGUCGCCGUCCCUGUCGGAGAGUGCGCUGGCAACGACUUGUGCACCAAGGCUCUAGUUUUGACUUAUCAGGAACAUUUCGGAGUGACUUACAUAACCCUUACAGAAGACCCAAGCCCUCGGAUGAUUAUUCACAACAGGUGCACAGUUUCCUUACUGCUGAAAGAGAAUAUUAAAGAAACACCAAAGUUUGAGGUUUAUUGUAGAAAAAUCCCUGCUGAAUGCUCAGUGCACCAUGAAAUGUAUCAUCAAGUGUCCAGCUUUCCAGACUGUAGGACCAAGGACUCCCUUCCUGGGAUCUACCUGAAAGUGCUGUCAUGUGAGGAGUCAGCCGAGGAAUGGAGUGACCUUAUAGAUAUCAACAACCAAGGGACACAGGUGGUUUUCCUUACUGGAUAUGGCUACGUCUAUGCGGAUAUUGUACAACAGUGUGGAGCCAUCAUCAUCACGCUGGCCCCAGAAGGAAGGGCAGGGCCAGUCCUAACCAGUCUCAAUAGGACCCAAUGUCAGCGCAUUGUAUUCAAAUCCUUUAUCACCCAGCUCAGCGUGGCCAUAUAUGACGACAUCACUAAUUACAAAGCCUCAUCUGAGCUCAUGAGAUUGACUCUGGAUAAUGUGUUCCUUCAUUUGACUCCAGUAACCAGCUAUCUCAGACAGCCUUGCCAAGAACUGCAGACUGAUAUCACCUGUGGUAUACCCAUGUUUUACAGCCUGGAAGUAUUUUGUGGAGAUUUGCAGAUAGACAAUCAGCUCUAUAAUAAGUCUAAUUUCCAUUUUCCUGUCCUGGUUUGCCAAGAGGAGAAAAUAGAGUGCACCAGAUGGCCAAAGGCUGGCAGCCUGACCAUGUCCAUCAAAGAGCUGGAGGAGUACAAGGAGACUUCAUUCUUCAAGCUCUUCAUUGCCUUCUCUUUAGAACAAGACAUUUGUGAUCUGAAUGAACUGAGCUUUGAUAUGAGGCCGUCCCGGUUGUACGUGGAGGACACAUUCGUCUACUAUGUCAAAACACUGUUCGAUACAUAUCUCCCAGAUAACAGAUUGCUGGAAAGCCAAGUCAAACACAUAGGAUCUAAGCUUCCUCAUAUACUGCCGGAUCAAGUACAACAGCAUGCUUUAGCACUGGUUAGUCCGGUCAAGCUCAGGAAAUUGACUGUGCAACCAGUUAACCUGCUGGUUAGCAUCCAUGCAUCGCUGAAGCUGUACAUUGCCUCUGACCACACUCCAUUAUCCUUCUCCGUAUUUGAACGUGGGCCAAUCUUUACCACGGCCAGACAGCUCAUACAUGCCCUGGCAAUGCAUUAUGCCGCUGGUGCCCUUUUCAGAGCAGGAUGGGUGGUUGGAUCCUUAGAUAUCCUGGGAAGCCCUGCCAGUCUGGUACGGAGCAUUGGGAAUGGCAUUGCAGACUUCUUCAGACUCCCAUAUGAAGGUCUCACCCGUGGUCCAGGGGCCUUUGUUAGUGGCGUCUCGAGGGGGACCACCUCUUUCGUAAAGCACAUUUCUAAAGGUACCUUGACGUCUCUCACUAACCUUGCCACAAGCCUAGCACGGAACAUGGACCGCCUGUCCCUGGAUGAAGAACAUUACAACAGGCAGGAAGAAUGGAGAAGACAACUGCCAGACAAUCUAGGAGAAGGCCUGAGACAAGGGUUGUCCCGACUGGGCAUUAGUCUGCUGGGUGCCAUAGCCGGCAUUGUCGAUCAGCCAAUGCAGAACUUUCAGAGAACAUCCGAGGCUCAGGCUUCCGCUGGACACAAGGCCAAAGGGGUCAUCUCUGGUGUGGGGAAAGGAAUUGUUGGUGUUUUCACAAAGCCAAUUGGAGGAGCAGCAGAACUAGUGUCACAGACUGGAUACGGUAUAUUACAUGGGGCCGGUCUCUCGCAACUUCCUAAACAGCGUUAUCAGCCCAGCGAUCUGGAAACCCACAACGCGCCCAAUAGUCACGUAAAAUAUGUCUGGAAAAUGCUCCAGUCUUUGGGGAGACCUGAACUUCACAUGGCUCUGGACGUGGUCAUUGUCAGCGGCUCAGGACAAGAGUACGCUGGCUGCUUGCUGCUUACGUCAGAGGUUCUCUUUGUGGUCAGCAUCAGUGAGGACACCCAGCAGCAAGCCUUCCCCGUAACCGAAAUAGACUGCAUGGAGGACCAGGACUCAGGGAAUUGUCUCCUUGUGCAGCUCAAGCAACAGUCAGUCUCCAGUGAGCAGGAGUCUGAUGGGACCAGGGAGCGCCUCUCUGAACAGCAGUACAGCCGACUGGUGGACUACGUGGCAAAAAGUUCACCUCACCUGAUCCCUAGCCAGUCCUCAUUGAACAUUGCCGCCCAUGUAGUAGCUGCAGAACCUCCACCGUCCAACAUAAAGACUUAUCAGUUCCUGGUGGAGACAGCGUUUGCUAGAGUUUUCAUUAGCAAAUUCAAGAUGGUGAAGAAUAAGGCUCUGCAAAGAGGAUUUUACUGACUGGCAUCAAAACCAUUGAACUAAUGUGAACUGACAACUGGAACCACAGCCGGAAGCUUGUACUCAUUACCAUCCAUCAGAUUACAGCCUGACAUUGUAUUUAGUUCCCCAGUGUUAUACUGGGUCCUUCACUGGGGAUGGUUCUGGUUUGAGGCACGAUGUGCGCUGUUAGUUGUUAUGCAGUCACACGAGAGAGAUUGCUAUGCCAAUGGCCAGCGUAAUAGUUGGCAGCCAUCUUUUUUUCCCUAGCCAACCUCAGGUCAAUGGGUGAGGUGGGGACAUACCAUCGUAGGCUCAUGACAUCUUAAAUGGCAGCUGACACUAAAGGUGGUGGAGCUGCUGUCAUUCAUACACGUAUAGAAAUGUCCCUAGAGGUCCUCAGUACUAGACAUAUAUUAGAUAAAAAGUGGUGAUCAUCAUGACGGUAGACGUUUUUUUGGACUUCUAUGAGUAAUUUCCUUCAAAAACACUACAGUAAGUCAUUCCCUGCUUAAAAUAGCUCCUUACAGGGAACUUUAUGUUAUGUUCACCUACAGUAAAGAUAAGACUUAAAACAUAGUCUAAAAAUAUAUAUAUAUCCAGUGAGCAAAAAUGAUGAUCUCACUUGUGAUACAUGAUAGAUUGGUGAAGUCCAUCUGCUCGGAUCACCACUGGUUUCCAUGAUGUAGUGGCUAUGAUGCUGCACACAGAGCCUGAAUGCCUUUUCCUCCUCUUAAAGAUUACUUUAAGGGGGCAUCCACACUAUUGUAUCCGCUUUGCGCUCUGCAAAACAUGGAUACCGGUCAUGUGCAUCCCGUAUUUUCCCCUUCUGCAGGUCCCGCAGUGUCGGCAAAACAGACAAGAAUAGGACAUGUUCUAUAUUUUUUUGCGGGGCCCCAGGACAGACAUACAGAUGCAGACAGCGCACAGUGAACUGUAUGGGUCUGCAUCCGAUAAAUAUGGUCGUGUGAUUUCAUGAAAGUGUCUUGGCGCAUGAUGUACAAAGUCUUAUGAGUAACGGAGCUCGGCCGCAUGUUCAUUUGGAAAUCAGUGGAGGUCUGGACUCGGGACUGCACCGCUCUCCACCAGAUCGUUCCGAGAUGAACUUCACCGUUAAAGGUGUAUAGUAGUCGUCGUGAUCAGGACUCCUGCUCCUGAUUCUUAAAAAGAAGGCAUAACAAAGGGUGUGACAUUUUAACGUGCCGUCAAUGACACCUCUGGGAUGUUGAAGGGAACUUGAUCUGUGUAGAUAUUACAAGAACGUUACCUACCAAAAUUGGGCUUUCAGCAUAUCCCUCGGGAAAUAUGAGACAUUUUCAUAAAUGUUUUUCACGUCCGAUAUAUCAAGUCCCUUUGUUCUGUAACCCCUUAUAGCAUACAGGGGCCUUAUAUUAUAAUAGGGUUUAUGUACAGCUAAUGCUCCUGGGGAGUGAGGACUAGUAAAUUAGGGUCUAGUUUUAUGUCGUACUAUAGAUGCAGCACUGCCGAGUUUGCCAUUUAGAAGAAAUAACUGUGAGAUCACAGUGUUAACUGGCUUUUGCAUAGGACUGCUGGUAGACAUGCAAUGUUAUUUUCACUUAAUUGUCACCAUGUAUAAAAAGAAUGAAGCUCUGCUACAUCUGUACGUACAUACGUAAAUACAAAACUCUGCUGAAAAAAAUCUUUGGGCUUUUAGUAAAGUUUUAGUUUUUAAGAAUGAUUUAGGCACCAGUCUAUGUGUUUGCAAUAAAUCAGGCAAGUUGCCAACGAUGGGGGGCAGAUACUCUGAUUUAAGUUUUUCAGUUAAAUCUAAUAUCAUUGGGGCGUGUACCGCAGGAUCUCAGUGUUUUCUACACAUUUUAUAAGGUUUCAUAAUAUUACUUGACUGGACAGAUUGGGGACGGGCCACCUGUGCUGGAGCAGAGUACCGAUGAAGAGCUUUUUGAUAUUUAAGUUAAACUCUUUCAGGGCCAUAACUAAAAUUGGUUUGGAGGUGGUACAACUCAUUUUAAGGGAGUCUGUCAGCAGUUUUGACCAUGCUAAACUGCAGACAGCACGAAGAAGGGGCUGGAGAGAGCAGCACAAACAUACCCUUUGUGAAGCUUUUCUCUUCAGGAGUAGUCAGAAUAUUAAGUUUUAUUCUGACAAAUUCUGCUCCUUCAAGUGCCCAGGAGGCAGAGCUUCACUAUGAAGUGCUCUCUGCAUUGAGCUGCAUCACCGCUCCUCCUUCUACUCAUGAGUGACAGCUGUAGCAUCCAACAAGGAGACCACUACCCUCAGAGGGGAGGGGCUGUGAAGCAGCUCAAUGCAGAGAGCACAUCCCAGUGAAUCUCCGCCUCCUGGGCACUUGAGAGAGCAGAACUUGGCAUAAUAAAAGUUAAUUUUCACUUACUACUACUGAUGAGAAAAUCUCUGCAAUGGGUAUGUUUAUCCUACUCUCCACAGCCCAUAUCUAGUGCUGUCAGCAGUUUGGUCAAAACUGCUGAUAGACUCCCUUUAAGUGUAUGUGCAGAAGAUAUCAUUUAUAACUGAAAGACGGAUGAUGGACAGUUUUAGGGUUUGAAGGAGUAGGUUCAUCAGGACAUAAUAAAGCAUACCUAUAUCAUAGAGGGGGACCCCACCUUAAUUAUCCCUGUCUGGAGGACUCAACACUACCAUAUAGUAAAUGUGGCCUACUGUAAAACCACUUGAUCCCUGGAGGGACUGCCUGCAACUGUGCCUGGCAAAAGCUGACUACCAGAGUCUACAUCGAAAAGGUGACAUCCAGAUUAAACGCGCCUUUGUCAGCAUUUUGGAAAUACUACAGGUUGAUUAAACUCAUAAGAUAGAUGUUGGCCUAAAGAUUAUUCAGCCUAAAGAUUACCCAUGAACAUGUUUUCUGCCAUAGGCCAAUUUCACACGAGUGUAUUCAGUGCAGGAAAUACGUUCCCUGGGUCAGGGGUAUUUCCAGUCCUGAAUGCUGCUCCUAUGAUGUGGAUCCACUGUGUUAGGGCUCAUGCACAUGAACGUGUGCCAGCUGUGCCCAUAUUGCGGCCAGCAAACAGCGGUCCACAAUAUACAGGCACCGGCCGUGUGCGCACCUUAUCAUGGAUGCAAUCCAGAAAAUACGGAGUGGAAGGCCACGGAAGCCCUUAUGAUGAUUUAUCAUGUUGUGAAAUUAGAGUUGCGGUCAGGCAGGAACACGCAGCAUUAUAAAUCAGCAUAGUGGAUCACAGGAGCAGCAUUCAGGACGGGAAAUACGCCUGACACUCGGAGGGUAUUUCUUGCCCUGAAUACGCUCAUGUGAAAUUGGUGAUAAGGAGUGAGGGAUACCUGGAUGCUAGACCUGGGGCUUUGAGCAGGACAUGAUAAAAUCCAACAUGUUUGAUCUCCUCAACAGCAAAAGAAAUCCAUACACAGAAAAGGUUGAUAUGACAUAAAUAUGAGGGACUCCAGAAACAAGCAUCAGCCCUCAUUAUUAUAGCCCUCAGCUUUUAUUAUCCUACAUUGUCCAGUCCAUGAUGGCACCUCAGCAGGACCAAUGCAUUGCACUUUAUGUACCAGAAUCUAGAAUUUCAGGUAAUAUUUCUCCCAGCUGCUCAGAUUAUAGAUGAAGCAUAGCCAUGUCAUUUGUGAUGCCAAUUCCGCCUUUUGAAUCCGUGUAUUUAAGAGCACAGCUAUAAAAUGAUCUGUAAAUAAGCUUUUAGGGUCUGAAAGAAAUCUUUAUAUGGACCUAAGUGUAUAUUACUAAAUAUCCUCUAUAUUUCAAGAACAAUAAAGUGAUCCUUGGA